AUGGCCGACAUAGAAUCAGAACCUGACAAUAACUCAAACGAAAAUGCUAAUGGUGAUUCGAUAGCUCAAAAACCUUAUGUUUGUGAUAUCUGUAACUCUAGAUUUUCUGUGAAAAUCAGUUUAGUCAGACAUAAAAUAAUUCACACAGAUUUACAUAUUUGUAAAUUUUGUGGUAAACAUUUUUCAAGCAAGUACGAUUUGGAAAUCAGACACAUGUACAUUCAUACGCACGAAUUUCCCUUCAAAUGUGAUGUUUGUGGAAAGGGAUUUAAACGGAGAAUGCUGCUAACGCAACAUAUUUGCAGUGGUUCUUCAUGGCUAGAUUGUCCACAUUGUGAUAAGAAAUAUUCUCAAAAGCAAUAUUUGGAACGUCACAUAACUGUUCAUACCAAUCCCUAUGUGUGUAAGAUUUGCGGCAAGGCUUUUUCAUCCAGUUAUGCGUUGGAUGUUAAGCACAUGCUUAUCCAUUCUGAAGAAAGACCAUUUAAGUGCACUGUAUGUGGUAUGGGUUUUAAAGAACUAAGACGACUUCGUGACCAUGUAAAGAAAAAGCAUUAUGAACAAACUCCUCAUGUGUGUGGUAAAUGUGGUUUUCGGUUUGAACAAGAGCGGGAACUUGAGGAACAUAUGAAAACUCAUAAAGUGGGUGACAGUUCAGAGAAAGAUCAUGUGUGUAAAAUUUGUGGCAAAUCAUUUGCUAGCAAAUAUCAGUUAGAGAAGAAACAUAUGUUGAUUCAUUCUAGUGAAAAACCUCAUGUUUGUGAUGUAUGUGGUAAAGGAUUUAUUGAGAAAUCUAGACUUAAGCGUCAUUCUUACAUGCACACCACUGAGAAACCAUUUGUGUGUCAAAUGUGUGGACGUGGAUUUACUGUGAAGAAAAAUCUGAAAGCUCAUGAAGAAACUCAUAAACCCAUAGACACUUAUGCUUGUGAAACCUGUGGAAAACUCUUUCAUCAAAAAUACAGUGUUAAGAAACACAUGUUGACACACAGCGAUACAAAACCAUUUGUGUGUGAUAUAUGUGGCAAAGGAUUUAUAGAAAGAUCCAGAUUAAAACGUCAUAGUUACACACACACACAGGAACGACCAUUUUCUUGUGAAAAAUGUGGUCAUGGUUAUCUUGAUCGUGCCAAAUGUAAAGCUCAUGAAGGAAUUCAUAACAACCCGUAUGUGUGUAAAUUAUGUGGUAGACAUUUCUCAAACAAGUAUGACUUAGAAAAGAAACAUAUGCUCACUCAUACCUCAGAAACACCAUUUGGGUGUAACAUUUGUGAUAAGGCAUACAAAGAUAAGAAGAGAUUGAGAGCUCAUAUGACAACACAUACCGGAUUGGAGCCAUUUAUUUGCCCAGUGUGUAACAAAGGGUUUUCAGAAAAGAAGAAAAUGACACUUCAUAUUUCUAAUGAACACCCUGAAGCUCAUCUGUUUUCUUGCCCAGAGUGCAAACGUGGUUUUUCUAAUAAAAAGUCAAUGCAGAGUCACAUAUCUUCUGCACAUAAAUCGAAGUUAUUCAAUUGUAGUGAAUGUAAAAAGCAUUUUAAUACACAGGCAGCGCUAAAUGAACACAUGAAAAUACAUGAUGAUGAGCAGAAAACAGUGGCUUGUGAACAGUGUAAAAAGGAGUUUAUUUUUCAAUCACCUGUUGAUAGACAAUUGUUAUUAAAUACUGAUAAACCAUGUAUCUGUCAGGACUGUAGUCAAACACAUGCAGAUACAUCACAAUUUAUUGUUUUGGGAGUGAUGUCGGAUGGAAAACCCAAUCAAAAUGAACUUCAAAAUGGUGCUGAUGGUGUGGAAUCAUCACCUGGUGGUCAGUUACUGCCAACAAGUUAA